AUGGCUGGGACAGUUAUCAUCACUGGAGCCAAUGGCUCUCUGGCACUCGGUUUCGUCGAGGCUCUCCUCUCGCGGUAUCCUCAGCUCACGCUCGUCGCUACUGUUAGAAAUGCAUCACCAGAAAGAGAUUCCAACACUAUGGCGCUUAUGAAAAUCAUCUUCAACUAUCCAAACUCCAAGGUCAACGUGGAUGUUCUCGAUCUUGGCCAGCUUGCCAGCGUACGCACCUUCGCACAGAAAAUAUCUAGCCAGGUUCUUUCGAAGAAGAUCCCACGUAUCUCAGCCAUCAUUUGCAAUGCGGCUACAUUGUCACUGGAGGGAGGGCAGAAAUUCACGCGGGAUGGCUUCGAGUCUACCUUCCAAGUGUGCCAUCUAUCACACUAUCUGUUGAUCUUAAAGCUGCUGGAAAGCAUGGACCCUGCAUUGGGGCGUAUCGUGAUGUUGGGAUCGAUCACUCAUUAUCCUGAGAAAUCAAACCCAGUAUCAUCACUUGGUCCAUGCUUCCCCGAAAACCUGGAGGAGCUGGUCAAGCCAACUCCUGAUCCGCAAUCGCUCGUCCAUGAUCGGGGUUUCCAACGAUAUGGAACCGCGAAGCUGGCGAACGUGACAUUGGCUCUUGAUCUCAACGAAAGGCUGAAGAAGGAUUCUAAACUUUCAAAUGUGACUGUGACGGCCAUGGACCCAGGCGGCCUUCCAGCUUCGAGGGCUCAGGCAGAGCAAAAGAAAUCUACGAAGCGAAUCAUGUCAACCAUCAACUUCCUGAUGCCAGUUCUGAAGCAUGUGACCACUGCUUUUCGAACGACAGAAGAUGCUGGCCGAGAACUUGCUACGGUUAGCGUCGAUCCCGCGUUCCAUGGCAAGAGGGGAUAUUUUGUCGGCCAGAAAGAGGAUGCUCCAGCGGCUAUUAGCAAUGAUGUCAAAAUGCAGGAAAGGCUCUGGGCAGCGUGCUGGAGAUGGUCCGGGAUGAAACCGGAAGAGACAAUUCUGCAAGACUAUGCUCGUGGGCUGUGA